UGGUUUCCCUCCUCAUCCGUCCGUCCAUCAGUGCCAUCUCCAACAUCUUCCAACUCGUAUCAGAGACCCCGACUUAUCCAAGCCCGAGACUUACUCCUGGCACAGCCAAAAACUUCUGAGUGUCAAUGUCCCCUUCUGCUAUCACAGACUCCCCGCCACAGAACGCCGCGUACCCGGCAUCAACAGACCUCGGCGAUGGACUCGCAGUGCAGCACCCGCCGCCCAACUUCCAGGGCUACGACCACGUAACCUGGUGGGUGGGCAACGCCAAGCAGGCCGCCGCAUACUACACCACUCUCUUCGGCUUCAAAACCGUCGCGUACAAGGGCCUUGAGACGGGCAGCAGGUACAUCGCCUCGUACGCCGUCGCCAACAAGGGCGUACGCUUCGUCUUCACAUCCCCUGUGCGCUCUCUCGCCCAUCUACCCGAGGACGAUCCCAUCUCCGACGCGGAGCGCGAGCUCCUGCGCGAGAUUCACGCCCACCUCGAGAAGCACGGCGAUGCCGUCAAGGAUGUCGCCUUCGAGGUCGACAACGUUGAAGCCGUCUACGCCAAGGCCGUCCAGGGGGGCGCCAUCGCCGUUCAGCCGCCCGCCGUUAUCAAGGACAAGGAGCACGGCGACGUGCUGACGGCCGUCAUCCGCACCUACGGCGACACUACUCACACGCUCAUCGCCCGUGGCGGCUACCGCGGGCCCUUUCUCCCGGGCUUCCGCGCCGCCAAGCCCGCGACCGCCACCGUUACCCUCCCCGACGUGCCCCUGGCCCGUAUCGACCACUGCGUCGGCAACCAGUCGUGGAACGAGAUGGUGGCCGCCUGCGCCUUUUAUGAGCAGUGCCUGUCGUUCCACCGCUUCUGGUCCGUCGACGACUCGCAGAUCAGCACCGAGUUCUCGGCCCUCAACUCCAUCGUCAUGGCGUCCUCCAACAACCUCGUCAAGAUGCCCAUCAACGAGCCCGCCCCGGGCAAGAAGAAGUCCCAGAUCGAGGAGUACGUCGUCUUCAACUCGGGCGCCGGCGUCCAGCAUAUCGCCCUGCUGACGCAUGACAUCAUCGCCACCGUCUCGGCCAUGCGCGCCCGCGGCGUCGAGUUUAUCGCCGUCCCCUCGACCUACUACGACACCAUGCGCCACCGCCUCAAGACGGAGAGGCGGAACUGGGAGCUCAAGGAGGAUCUCGCCACCAUCGAGGCCCUCAACAUUCUCAUCGACUAUGACGAGCAGGGCUACCUGUUGCAGCUCUUUACCAAGCCGCUGAUGGACCGGCCGACUGUGUUUAUCGAGAUCAUUCAGCGCAACCACUUUGAGGGUUUCGGUGCUGGCAACUUCAAGAGCCUGUUUGAGGCCAUUGAGCGCGAGCAGGCCGAGCGGGGGAACUUGUAAACCUGUGACGAAGGAGACAUCGAAAAGGGAGGGGAAGAAAGUAAAGGUGGGGGGAGUGUCUCUGUUGUUCGAGCUUGGUCCAAGAUACGACCGGGUCAUCAAAAGGGCAUUGAUUGGCAUCGAUGAAAUUAUGCAAACCAUGUGUUUACUCAUAUAUUCACAAGCGGUCCUAUUCAGACCCCUUGUGCCGAUGUACAGAUCUCUUUUCUUCGUGCUCCUGUCCUGAUUCCGUGACGCUGACCGAUACUCAACUAUGCACCAAAACGUGGCAUCCAGUCGCCCCCCUUGCCAGCAAAAUGGUGGAAGCUCGGUUUCUGGGCGUCCUCGUCUAUGUAUGUAGGUGGCCGUAACUGAUUCCUGUCACCCCCCCCCCCCC